AUGAAGGGAAAAACAAAAACUCUUGUCAAAGCAACGAAAGUUAGUCUUUCUGCUAAAAGCAUCACGAAGAAGUCCACCGCACGCAAAGAACCUAGGGACGUAAUCGAAAAGAGAAAGCCUACGCGAAAAAUCACCCAAAGCAAAAGUGGAUCGCAAAUGCGGAAAUGCGCGAAGAAUUUCAGCUUCAAAAAUCCAGCCGGGAAGGAAAAAAAACAAAACAACAAUUCAACGAUAAAAUGUGUGGCUUGGGCACUCGAUGCACCUGCUGAUGCUUCAUAUAAUACUAAUGGCAGUAAUAUUGAUGAUAACAUGAAAGAGGACAUCUCAGAUAUUGCUGAUCAUUAUAAAGGACGUAAAAGAUCUUUAAAAAGAACAGCUGUGUCAAAAAUCGGAUCGGAAGGUCAACGUGGAAAGGAAGGAGCGAGUGUGGGAUUGGGUCAUAAAGUAGAUACAAUGAAAGGUGCCCCAAACUCCCGUGUUUCAGCGCCUUCUAAAGGAAAAUCUACAUCGGUUAAGAAAGGUGGCAGAGCGCGAAAGAAGAAUUUUGGGAAAAUCGAAGAAUCUGAAGAAAACAUCACUCGAAAAGCAUCUCCAAAGAAACGAGGAAAAUUUGCAGUUCCAACUGUUGGGGCUAAAAAAAAACGUGUAAUGAAUGGUGGUGGAGGUGCAUCUGGUGGUAGAGUGAAGCAGAAGGAUAGUGCUGAUGUUGAUAUAGGCCGUAAGAUAAAGCAAGGAUCCGGUGUAAUAAAUACGGAAAUAAUUGGGAAAACAGAUGGACAAACGACUACGGAAAGCAUUGCUUCUCGACUGCGCACCCGUAAACCGGAUGCGAACGGAUCUCCUUCUGGAAUUUCGACCAAUUUGCGCCAGGGUCUGCAGGGUGUAAUAAAAUCAGCAAGACGAAAAAAGGCCAAGCAAAUCCAGUAGACAGAGUAAAUCCAGUGCGAAUUUCAUUUUUUUUUCUUUUAUCUACGAAUUUGGUUUGAUUUCCGUUUAUAUUUCUCGCCACAAACACCUCAUUUUUCCCUGUUCUUUGAUUUGAUGUCAAGAACGAUAAUGGUUAGUCCUGCUUGGUUGAGUGUAGUAUAACUCACAUAAAAGUCCUAAAA